UGAUUCCAGAUUCCAGGCGCAGAGGCUUCGGAAAAGGCUGGUGGAUUUCAGGCGCCGCUCGGCACGGCCGUGUCACGACGCGAUCCCUCGCGCGGCGAGCACACGACACGGAGUCGCCAACACAUGGCGACCCCGCUCGGGCUCGGUUGCCAUCAUCCCCACAAUAAUUCACCUCCCCCCGCCCACAUCGCGACCGCCACUAGCCCGCCAAUAAUAGCAGCGCGCCCAAAGGCUAAAAAAAACCCACGACGCGCUGGUCAGUAGCCACCACACAGCGGCACAGGCGCUGCGGCAGCGGCAGCUGAGCGAGUGAGCGCCGAGGCUCCCCGGCCAUGUCCAAGCCCGAUCGCCGCUCCGGCGCCGCCACGUCCCCGUCGCUCCGCUUCCUCGGCCUCCUCAAGCAGCCCGACGACGGCAGCGGCGACCACGAGCUGGAGCUCGACGAGCGCGACGUCGUCUGGUCGUCGUCGUCGUCGUCGAACACCUCGCCCUCCUCGUGGGCCUCCUCAACCAAUUCCUCGCCGUCCCUCACCCCGUCCGCGUCCGCGGGCGUGGGCGUCCGCCGGCCGCUGUCGUCGUCCCACGCCUUCCCCGCCGCCGGCAGCGUCGGCCUGUCCGCCCUCCUCGCCGACGAUCACGCCCCCACGGCGUCCAUCCCGGCCAAGGCACGCCCGGAGAGGCAGCAGCCCCCGCAGCCGUACCACCAGUCGGCGCCGGUCGCCGUGCCGGCCUGGCCCAAGGCCACGGACAGCGACAGGCGUCGCCGUGGUGUGCAGCACGAGGCCCUCAACGACGAGGAGGACGAUGACGACGAGCUCGUGGUGCCGCCGCACGAGAUGGCCGCGCGCCGCGCCGCGGCGGCGGCGUCGGUGAUGGAGGGCGCCGGGCGGACGCUGAAAGGGCGCGACCUCCGGCGCGUGCGCAACGCGGUGUGGCGCACCACCGGCUUCCUCGACCUGUGAAAAAGGAUAUGAACCUUUGGAGGUUUCUCUCGCUGCCGCCACACAUCAGCAACCUGCUUCGUGUUGUACUGGAUUACUGAUGAUCCGUAUGAAAAAAGGUGAAGGCUUCGGUGGCAAGAAAGGGGAAAACGACGAGUCCACACGACGACCAGCCGCUCGAGUCCGCCAUGGCUUCGCCUUCACCACCGCUAAGCUCCGACGACGAUGCAAGGUGAGCACAUCUAGCUGUCCUACUCCCAACUUAGUACCCCUCCCUAGAUGCCUAACUACAGUACCAUAUCCCCCUCCCCCUCCACUAAAUUCCUCUUCCAUGGCUGCAUCGUUGUCUCGUUGAGUCACUAACUCACGUUCGGCGGUCCACAAUAAGGGACGCCAAUGCGGUGUUGGACCAGCCAUCGCAUGCUAGACAGGUACCUAGAGGAUGAGUUGGUUUCAAUUAAUACAGAAAACUUUAAGAUUCUUGAUUGGUGGAAAGUGGCUAGGACAAGCUUUCCUACAUUGAGGAAGGUAGCACGAGAUAUAUUUGCUAUUCCUGUUAGCACUGUUGCAUCUGAAUAUGCAUUUAGCACAAGUGGAAGGGUUCUUAGUGAGCAUCGUAGCCGGCUUACUCCAGAACUCUUGGAGGCCUUAAUGUGCUCACAAGAUUGGCUGCGAAACAAGUAUCGAGCUGAUAAUGAAGAAGCAGCAAGCUUUUGGAGUUGCCUUCAAGAUAUCCAAGAUCAGAUUGAGGGACUUGCUCUUGUUUGAAGACAUGAAUGUAUGGACAUGCACUGUUCUUGCAAUGAUUUUGGAUGUUUGUAACCCCUGUUAUGUGUCAUGAUAAACUUGUAAAACCAUGGCAAUGCUUUUGGAUAUUUGGCACAAAAGACCUACUCCGAACUAUGGUUUUGUGUAUGCCUAGGACAACAUGUGUUGCUACUGCAAUGUGGUGAUAACUAAUGAGUGAUGACUGAUGAAUGAUGAAUGAUCAUGUAUUAUUGUGUUGUUGCUUAAUCUGGGAAUAUGAUGGAUAUUGUAUUCUUGGGCACACUUUUGUUGCACUACUUGUUGCUGCACUGCUGUUGUAAGUGAUGAAUUGAUGAUGUGCAUUUGUGAACUGAUGAUGUGCAUUUGCGAA